ACCCUCGCACCUGGCACGGGCACCGCCACGCCCAGGUCCUUCGUCAGCGACAUCCCUCUGAGCGACGAGCAGCGGUCCCUGUCGCUCAAGGUGUCGCUCGCAGAUCUGACGGCCCGCGCGUCAGGUCACUACGCGCAGAAGCGCUUUGAGGAGGCCGCCGAGAUAUACGCGCAGGCGGCAGAGAUGCAGGCCGAGAUGAACGGGGAGAUGGCCGUCGAGAACGCCGAGAUCUUGUUCCUCUACGGCAGGAGCUUGUUCAAGGUCGGACAGGAGAAGAGCGACGUGCUGGGCGGCAAAGCCCCCGCCGAGGGCGCUAGAGUGCAGAAGGCGGACAGCGAGGACAAGACCGAGACCCCUGAGGCCGAUAGAGUCGCGCAGGAGGCGACCAAGAUCAUUGCCGACGAGACGAGUGGCGCCAAGACGGAGAGCAAGGAGCUCGAAGGGAAGAAGCCCCUGUUCCAGUUCACGGGCGACGAGAACUGGGACGACUCGGACGAGGAGGACGGGGCUGAGGGCGAAGACGGAGAGGGCGAGGACGAGGAAGAAGAUGAGGACGACCUCGCCAGCGCCUUUGAAAUCCUCGACCUGGCGCGUGUCUUGUUCAAGAAGCAGCUGGAUGCGAAGCUAGCUGCGGUGGAGGCGGGCGAGGGCAAGGGCAAGGGCAAGGAGGUGGCCAAUGGUGGGGGUGACAACAGUGAUGCGGGAAUCAGGCACAUCAAGGAGAGGCUGGCGGAUACGUACGACCGUCUAGCAGAGAUUUCUCUCGAGAAUGAGAGAUAUCCUAAUGCGAUCGCCGACAUGCGGGAGGCUCUUAGGUACAACCAGGAACUGCUCCCGGAGGACUCGGAGCUCAUCGCCGAGGCCCACUUCAAGCUGUCGCUCGCCCUCGAGUUCGCCUCCAUCACCUCACAGCAGAACGACGACGGCUCUGAGGGCCCCAAGGAGAUCAACCAGGAGAUGCGGGACGAGGCGGCCAAGGAGCUCGAGGCCGCCAUCGCGAGCACCAAGCUCAAAUUGCAGAACAAGGAGGUCGAGCUCGCCACGCUGCACUCGCCCGAGGACAACGAGAUCACACGCAGCCAGAUUGCAGACGUGAAGGACAUGAUUGCCGAUUUGGAGCAGAGGCUUGUCGACCUCCGCGGUCCCCCGAUAGAUGUGCAGUCCGCCCUCGGCCUGGGUCCCGUAGGUGGCAUCCUGGGUGCUGCAUUGGGCGAGUCAGCCGUCGAGACCGAGGCUCGUAUCGAGGAGGCCAAGAAGACUGCUACAGAUCUCACCGGCCUGGUGCGAAAGAAAGGCAAGCCUGUUCCCGCGCCAUCCUCAGACUCUGCGGAUGGCAACAAGCGGAAGGCUGAGGAAGAUCUGCCCAUGGAGGACGAGGCGAGCAAGAAACCCCGGACGGAG